CCGGUUCACUAUACCCGGUCGGUCCGUAACAACCUUCCCAUAAAUCUAAAGUUAGGGCAAAAUCCUCAUCUCCGGCUCUCUCUCCCUCGUUCGCUUCGUGCUCUUCGCUCUCGGGCGUCUAGCGACGCAGCAACAAGAACAGCGCUUCAAGGCGGGAAUAGAGGAUUUUGUAACCCAAAUCCGCCAUGAGAUUGGAAAAAUGCUGGUUCUGUUCCUCUACUGUAUAUCCUGGGCAUGGUAUUCAGUUUGUUAGGAAUGACGCUAAGAUUUUCCGAUUUUGUCGAUCUAAAUGUCACAAGAACUUUAAGAUGAAGAGGAAUCCUCGUAAAGUUAAGUGGACCAAGGCUUAUAGGAGACUGCAUGGAAAGGAUAUGACACAGGAUUCAACCUUUGAGUUUGAGAGGAAGCGAAAUAGGCCGGAGAGAUAUGACAGAAACCUUGCUGAGAACACUUUGAAGGCCAUUAAGAAGAUUGAUAAAGUCAGAGUUGAAAGGGAGGCCAAACAUCAUGAAAAUAGGUUUAAGGAAAAGAGAUCCAAGGAACCGAAGGAGGCAGCAAAGGAGCUCAAGCAGAGCAUCGACAUGAUCAGGGCUCCUGCAGCCCUCCAACCGGAACCUUCUCUUAUUUUACCGAAGAAAGUCAAGGUUUCUUCUCAGCAAUCAGAGGAAAAUCGCAUGGAGGAGUGAUCUUUGCUUCGUCUUUAUGUGGAGGCAAAAGCUUUUUUAUUCCUGGCUUCUUUACAUUUAGAACCCGGUAAUUAAAUAGCUAUUGAUAGUUUUCAGUGUAUGGAGUGGUUCGUUUGUUGUUCUUUGGCAUCUGAACAUGCCUUUGAAGAUUAUUGUAAUGUUGGGCAUUUUUAUUGAGAUUUGGGAACCAAUUUUGAAGAUUUUGGAUAUUAUAGAGAAACUUUUAAAGUAAUAGGUCUGUUGCCCAUUUCAGCUUAAAUGUCUAAACUUUGUGUAAGAGAUCAAUCCUGAAUUGGUUGUUGAUGUUUUGUUUUGAAUGAGAUUCAAACAGAGUAAAGGAAGAGAAGGUGUUUUUCA